CUCCAGGUGAGUCCUUACCUGUCUGAUCAGUUCAUUAAUGCAAGUGUCUGUGCUGUGUCCCGGUGCCGUCCAGUCCAGGUCUCCUCAUGUUUCCCUCGUCCAGGCUCUUCGCGGGGAUCACGUGUCCAGUCACGCGGCGUGGACGCUGUGAGCGGCCUCAUUGUUUCUACGGUCACGCGGCUGCGGAGGAUGGAAGUCACGCGACCGUCGUGGAUUUAACAGGAGAAGAUUCUGACGGUCCUCCUGCGGCUGGUGGAGCUCAGGUGACCCCCGAGGUUUCGGACCAGCACCUCCACGAGCUGGAGAGGCUCAACAAGGAGAUCGAGAGCGUGAAGCAGGAGGUGGAGCAGGAGCAGCGGCGGCUGUCCAACUACACGGCGGCCGGCAGCGGCGCGCCGGCGCACCAGAACCGGGGCUUUUAUGGCCUUCAGUCUUCUGCGGACCAGAAGAACCCCGUCCAAACUAGGAAGUACUUGGUGGACAACUCCAGGCCGAGAACCGAUUUGGAGUACGACCCUUUGUCCAACUUCUCUGCUGCCUUACGCUCAUACAGCUCUUCUGGAAAGAAGAGUAAAAAACUCGAGUGCAGAAGUUCCAAAGCUGAAGAAUCGGCUCCUCAACAAGUCCAGACUUGUGGAUUUCUGGAGGACGCCAGAGAAGACGGCGUUCUGGUUAUUGACGAGGUGCCUGAAGACCCGAGUGCUCGGGUUCAGAAACAUGUUGGAGGUAAACCUCCGCUGUGCGUGCAGGAGAACGUGAAGAUGAGCACGGCGCUCCAUUCUUCUCUCAGAACCCCUCAGGAGACCGGUCCGAGUCUCAUCUGUGGAGCUGCAGCUCUUUGGUCCUCAGACCCGAACGUUCAGAACCGGAGCCAGGUGGCACCUGAGCAGCCCGGCGGUGCUGAGAAACCGGACCUCCAGCAGCGCCAGACUCCUGAACGAAGCUCAGCUCCUCCUCCUCCGCCUCAGAAACCCCCCCCUGUGGGACCCCAGGAGAACCCGCCUCCCACUUCCACCGUUUCACCGUCUGAAGAUUCUCGGAGCAGAGCCGAGCCAUCUGGAGACAGAACCGUCAUCGAGAUCAACUCCAGCCCUGAAGAUGAAGAAGACAGCAGCUACCUGGACGUGGAGCUGUCAGACAGCGACCCCAUGGAGGAGUGCUACAGGAUCUUCAUGGAGGCAAACGACCAGCAGCAUCUUCAAGAGCAGGAAGACGACACCGAGAAGCUGCAGACAAACGCUGGACUUGAGGCGUCUGCAGGAAAAAAGCGGGUCGCCCACGACGCCAAAAACUCAGAGCAGCCGCAGGCGAAGAGCAGGCCGCAGCCGCAGGUGCUGGUUCCUCUCAGGGAGCAGACGGCGCCGGCGUUCGGCCCGCGGGCCUCAAAGAUCCAGCAGGUGCAGCAGAGGGCCUCCAUGCUGACGGCGUCGGUGAAAGCGGGCCGAGCUUUUGCUUCUGCCAUGAGUCAGAGGAGCCAGGAGGAGACGAGGGCGGCGGCGGUGUGGACUCCGCCUCCAGCACACCUGCAGCCUGCUCCUCUGCAGAACACUUAUAUGAACUAUAUUCCCGUCGGGACGGCAGUGAUCGAAGUGGGGAACAACCUGCACCUGAUCCUCCCUCAGAGGGCUUUUCCUCUUCCUGUUGCCUCCACCUCCACCCCGCUUCCCUCCGUUCUCACUCCAGUCGCUCAGGUUCAUCCGCAGACGAACCAUCCCGCUGCUGUGAUCCCCGUGGCGAGGAGCCGCUCGGCAGCGCCCGCCGCGGUCGUGGUUCCUCCGGCGCGCCGGCCCGCGCUCGCCGCUGCGUCUCUGCCCUCUGCAGCUCCUCAGACGACCUCAAAGCCCUCUAAGCGUAAACUGAAGCAGCAAAGCGAAGCGUCCAAAGAGAAAGUCCCGCACAACGUCCGCCAGCGCUACGUCAACAUGUUCACGGAGGAGUUCCUCAAGUCCACUCACGACGUGAACGAAGCCUUUCAGAAGGCCCUGAGCGAAGAGAAGAGCGUCUUUAACCGCAGCGCCAACAAACUCAAGUACCUGAGCGUCGCCGUGAACGCCCUGAAGAGGCUGAAGAACCAGAGCGCCGCCGCCUCCAAGAGUGAGAAGGACGUCAGCAGUCGGAGAUCUAAAGGGAACAUCCCGCUCAGCCUCAUGAGCUGCAGAGGAAAAGCAGACGACUCGCCGAUCUAUAAUAGUCUGAAGGAUUACGUCCUGAGCGAUGAAAGGAUGAUCGAGAAUAACUAUCCCGUCCAGCACCCAGAGAAACCCGGAUGUGCGGUUCUGUUCAACGAGAAGAAAACGAAUCCGGAUCCCCUAAAACGGAUCUGCUGUCGAUGCGGAUCCACGUACUCCGUCAGCCAAUCAGGGAAACACGUCCGCAAGGAGGAGUGCAACUACCACUACGGCAAAGGAGUGGAGAACAGAGUCCCAGGUGGAGUGGAGACGCGCUACAGCUGCUGUCAGGGAGUCAUGGGAGCUCCAGCAUGUCAGCUGUUUAAGCUGCACGUCCACGACUCCCUGAGCAUGGAGGGCUUCGUGUCCACGGCUGGAGGGACGCCCUCGGACGCAGCGUGUCCAGGAGUUUACUCUCUGGACUGUGAGAUGUGCUACACCGUCCACGGCCUGGAGCUGUCGCGAGUCACCGUGAUCGGCUCUGAUCUCCAAGUCGUCUACGACGCCUUCGUCAAACCCGACAGCGAGGUCAUCGACUACAACACCAGGUUUUCAGGCAUCAGUGAGAAGGAUGUGUCUGGAACCAGCACCUCACUGAAGGAGGUCCAGCAAACGCUGUUGCAGUUCAUCACCGCAGACACCAUUCUCAUCGGACACGGCCUGGAGACGGACCUCUGUCUGCUGAAGCUGCUUCACGGGAAGGUCGUGGACACGGCGGUGGUCUUCCCCCACCGCCUGGGCCCCCCCCACAAGCUCAGCCUCAACCAGCUGACGGCCGAACACCUGCGGAGGAUCAUCCAGGAAAGCGGUGGGUUUGUGGGCGGAGCUGCAGGAGGAAGGUCACCAUUCCUCACGUCUCAGUUUAAUAAAGACAUUUGGUCCUUCAGAAUCAUUAGAGAAGCUGAACAGGUGAAACUCAGACACUGUUUGCCGUCUCUCCAGUUUGUGGCCACGACACUGCAGAAGACGCAGCUGCCUGCAUGGAGCUGAUGCUGUGGAGGGUCAAAGAAGACGGAAAAAUGAAAAGAUGAAGACUGUCAAUGUUUCUGAUCCUGAAAUAUGGAGUUUUGCUUUAAGUUAAUUCACUUGUUUUGUGAUGCCAGUCUUUUCUUUCAAAUGUGAACUUAUGAAAUGGUGGGUUGACAAUUAUAUUUCACCUAAAAGCAAAGAAUAAAAUCAGUCUGGUUUG